AUGAGAAUUCUUUUCGCCGGGUUCAGACGAAUGCGUCUGAAGACCAUUGUAUUCAGUGUCACUUUGCUAGCGGCACUGAUCACGACAUUUUGUAUUGUCACGCAGUACUCCGGCGGGCAGUCUGAUGCAUUGGAGACCGCAAGGACUCAUUAUAACGGAGCCAUCUCGUACGUUGGGGAGAAACUCGCUUCGUAUGGGGACUCCGCAGGGUCUGACGCGAACAAAGAGGGUGAUACCGCUGUUAAGGAUGAGACGACGCCCGAAGGUAGCGGGAAGGAAAAUGUGCAACUCGAGGAGAGCAAUAUGGGGCAGCACUCAAACAGCACUACUGGGGACGCUAAGGUUGACGAGGCACUAAUUCAUUACCAGGAAUCACAACUUACGAGCAGCGAGGAUGAAAUAAAAAAGCUAGAAGAUUCAGAGAUCGAACAAACGUCGAUGCCAUUUGAAGACGACAAUUUGAUAAACAAAUUGGAGAGACCUCUCUACGCCAUUAGUGGGGCAGAGGCGGCCAACGCGUCCAACGCUUUACUCUUGGAAAACACGGAGAUUUACAAGAAGCUACUCGAUGAACCUAUAACUGAACCGAAGGUCGGUGGGCUGAUUCGGGAAAAUGACCCCGUGGCAGGUAAGGGGAACGCCACCAUCAUGGCCCUGGUGCAGAACAAAGACGUGGAUGCUAUUGUGGGGACUAUUCAACAAUUGGAGGAGAAGUUUAAUGCCAAGUUUGCAUACCCAUACACGUUGAUGAAUGAAGAAUAUUUCACAGAUGAGUUUAAAAAUAGGAUUACCUCAAUGUUACCCGUGGAUCGUGUUGUUCAUUUUGCUAAGAUUGACAGCGAGGACUGGGAUGUACCAGAGGACAUUGACAUGAAGAAAUACAAAGAAAAUAUGAACCAGUUGGAUAGGGACUCCGUUCAGUACGCAAAAAAAAUAUCCUACCACAACAUGUGUAGGUUUUACUCGUCAAAGUUCUACCACCAGGAUGUGUUGAACAACUACAAGUACGUGUGGAGAAUCGAGCCUAAUGUCAACUUCUACUGUGAUAUCGAUUACGAUAUCUUCCAGUUCAUGGAGGAAAACCAGAAAAUAUACGGAUUCACACUAAGUCUCUACGACAGUCCACAAUCUGUGCGAUCAUUGUGGAACGUUACCUUGGGUUUUGUCAAGGAAAAUCCACAUUACUUGAACCGUAACGGUGCAUUCGAAUGGAUCAAGGAGAACUUGCAAAAGCCGGAAAAUUUUAACAUGACGGACGGGUACUCCACGUGUCACUUCUGGACCAACUUCGAGAUAGUCGACUUGGAUUUCCUAAGGUCUGAACCUUACGAAAAGUAUAUGGACCAUCUAGAAAAGCAAGGUGGGUUUUACUACGAGAGGUGGGGGGAUGCGCCAGUGAGGUCAUUGGCACUCGCCUUAUUCGCGGAUAAGUCACAGAUCCACUGGUUCAGAGACGUGGCAUACCACCACUUCCCGUACACAAACUGUCCCUCGUCACCCAUGGGCUCCCGCCGUUGUGACGGGAAGUGCACGCCAGGUGUUUUUUCAGCAUACGAUAAUCUGAUUGUUGAAAAUUGUCUGCCCACGUGGAUAAAAUACAGCAUGUCGGAGGAACAACUGGAUAUGUACUGA